GAUCAAAACUCAGGAACCUACUCUUGGGGAGCCCAUUUUGGGUCUCCAGAGUGCUCUGUGCAGAAUUGCCCUCUUCUCUCAGUCUCUGCUCUGUGAAUUCUAGCCACCUGGCCUCUCUGGACAACCAGAUCCAUUUCCUCCACUCACGAAGACCUCAGGUCCUCCGCUGGAUUACCCCUUCCUAUGCUGAGGCCUGGAAAUUUCUCUGGUUUUACUGCAGCCUAUCCAACACAGUCCUCCAUUCCUUUUAAAUACAAGAAACCGGAGAUUCCAGAAUCGGAAAAAAAAGGAUUUAGUUGUCAAGCCAAGAGAUUUUACUCUAAAAAGGAUGAAGUCCCAGGUCCUGGGUUCUACAAUGUCAUCCACCAAUCUCCAGUGUCCAACAGUGUCUCGCUGUCUAAGAAAGGGACAUGCACUUUCCCCUCAAUGCGUGCCCGAUUAGACACCAUCAUUUCCAAAUAUCCUGCAGCCAAUGCGUACACUAUCCCGUCGCAUCUGGUAUCGAAGAAAGACUUCAGUAAUUCCUGUUCCAGUAUGUUCCAGUUGCCAAGCUUUGCAAAAGUCCUCAGAUUUGAAACUCCUGCACCAAACCAUUAUAAUGCCUCUGACUCUUGCUGCAAACAGAGUAACAAUGUGAGUGCCCGAGCGGGGUUUGUGUCAAAGACCCAGAGGGGACCUUACAUUCGCACUGGCACAGGACCUGCGCCAGGGCAUUAUAACAUCAAUGACUCCCUUGUGAAGCAGUCACCAAAGAUAUUAAUGUCUUGUUUUAAAUCAAAAACUAACCGUGGAUCAAAACUGAUAGCAACAGGCCCGGGACCUGGUUAUUACAACCCAAGUGAUCACAUCAAAAUUCAAAGAAAGGCUCUUUUCCCGAAAAACCCCCUGCUGAACUUCUCGGCCCAGCCCUUGCCCCUGCCCCCGAAGCUGCCGCUCCCCGGCCCCGGGCAGUAUGAGAUCGUGGACUACGAGGGGCCCCCCAAGCACUUCAUCUCCAGCGCCUCGUUUGUGUCCAACACCAGACGGUGGACAGUGGCGCCAGCCCAGCCAGGCCUGCCCGGCCCAGCCACCUACAAGCCGGAGCUCCAGGGGAAGCAGUCCUUUCUCUACAACGAGGACAACAAGUGGGUCCCAGUGCUGUGA